CUUUCCCCUUUUUUUCUCUCUUACUUUGUCUCUCUGUACCCGUCAAAUCCCUCAUCCCCCCUUUUCUCACUCCCUUACCGAUUCUCUCUCGCCAUUCUCAGUCUUGCCAGCCGCAAACCCCUUGACAUCGCAUAUACCACUUGAGACCGUCGUCGUCACCGUAUGAACAAAUCUAUGAUCAGAAAUCAGAGAUGGGAGCCCCAUGACCGUCGCCUGCACCUCCGUCUCAGAAAAGUGAGCCAAGAUCCAAAAGCCGAACCUCGGAUCUUGCUGCAAAACGGUGAAUUUGGUCCCAAUUCGAAGGAAAUUUUAAGCCCAGAAAAGCCUUGGUUUCACAAUAAAAACCCAGAAACUUGAGAAUCUAAUCUGGUUUUACCUCGACUCCAGAGUAAAAACCUUGAAACUUGAAGAAAUGCUAUUCUUGCUGAAUACUUGCCAUUUAAGGCUGAUGCAUCCCGUAGCAACGCGCAAGCAUAUUUACUAGUUGCUUCUACACUCAGACGCAUUGUCAUUCGUCACCACUCCUCAUUCCAAAGUCAACUGUUAAUUUGUGAACAAGUUAAUACUUAGGAAUCCUGUAGCCUGUCGAACAUUAUUUGAAACUCUGUUGAAACAAUCAUCUGUUUGCAACAAUCAUCUGGUUGGCUUCGAUGGCUAAAGAAGCAGCAGCAGCUGCCUCAUCUUCUUCUCCUUCCCGUUGUUUCACCAAUUCAUGGAAAUACCAUGUAUUCUUGAGUUUCAGAGGCGAGGACACGCGCUACAAUUUCACAGGCCAUUUGCAUACAGCUUUGUGUCAAAAAGGAAUUAACACCUUCAUGGAUGAUUAUCUUUCAAGAGGAGAAGAAAUAUCAACAUCGCUCCUCAAAGCGAUUGAAGAGUCGAGGAUUUCUGUCAUUGUAUUCUCGGAAAACUAUGCUUCCUCAAGGUGGUGCUUGGACGAACUUGUUAAGAUCAUUGACUGCAAGAAAUCAAAUCAACAAAUGGUGAUACCGGUAUUUUACAAGGUGAGUCCCUCGGAUGUUCGAAAUCAAAAGGGUUGUUUUGGAGAUGGACUUGCUGGCCUUGUGUGCAAAUAUAAGGAUAACGUUGACAAGAUCCACAAAUGGAGGCCAGCUCUUUCAGAAGCAGCAAACUUGUCUGGGUGGACUCUCUUGGAUAAGCAUGAAGAUGAAUCGAAAUUUAUUCAUAACAUUGUUGAAGAGAUUUCCACGCAAGUAAUAAACCGUACAUAUUUGGAUGUGGCCGAAUACCCAGUUGGAACAGUUUCUCGUGCACAAGAAAUAAAUAACCUCUUACAUGUCGGGAGAAAUGAUGUCCGUAUGUUAGGUUUAUGGGGGACUGGUGGAAUUGGUAAAUCAACAAUUGCCAAAGCUGUUUAUAAUUUAAUUUCCCACAAAUUCGAAGGCAGUUGCUUUCUCAGUAAGGUUAGAGAAAGUUCAAUGACAGAAAAAGGAUUGGCCAAAUUACAAACGACACUUCUUUAUGAGAUUCUAGGGGGAAUCAAAUUGAAGGUGGCCAAUGUUGAUAAAGGAAUCACUUUAAUUAAGGAAAGAUUAAGCAGUAAAGGGAUUCUCUUAGUUCUUGAUGAUGUGAACGACAUGAAACAGUUACGAUGCUUAGCUGGGGGAUCAGAUGGUUGGUUUGGCAUGGGUAGUAGAAUUAUCAUAACGACGAGGGAUAAGAAACUGUUAACUACUCAUCAUCAUAAUAUUUCGAUAUACAAGGUGAAGGAAUUGAACUAUCAUGAAUCUCUCGAGCUCUUCAGUUGGAAUGCCUUCAAAAGCAAAGGACCUUUGGAUGGUUAUGCGGAACUUGCAGACCAUGCAAUGCGGUGUGCUCAAGGCCUUCCAUUAAUUUUGAGAGUUUUAGGUUCACAUUUGUACCGUGAAAGGAAAGAUAAGUGGCAUGCUAUAUUAGAUGGUCUGAUCAAAAGCCGAGAAAUUCAAGAUGUUUUCAAGAUAAGUUAUGAUGCAUUGGAUGAAAUAGUGAAGGAAGUUUUUCUCGACAUUGCGUGCUUCUUUAAAGGGGGAAAUGGUAGCUAUGUGAUCGAAAUAUUAGAAGGAUGUGAGCUCAACCCCAAGCAUAGCAUUGACGUACUCAUACAGAAGGCCCUCGUAAAUAUAGAUCAUGGUUUUAUAUGGAUGCACGAUUUGGUAGAAGAAAUGGGUAAAGAAGUAGUUCGCCAACAAUCGCCCAAUGAUCCAGGAGAGCGCAGCAGAUUGUGGUUUCAUGACGAUGUUUAUCGUGUUCUGACAGAAAAUACAGGAACGAAAAACAUUACAGGCAUAAAGGUGCAGCUGCUUGAAUCGGAUAAUGAGAUAUGCUUAAGUCCUACAACCUUCUCCAACAUGAAAAAUCUUAAAAUUUUCAUAAACUGUAAUGGACGGUUUUCUGGAGCCGUUGAUUACCUCCCCAACAACUUAAGGUUCGUUGAUUGGCCUGAAUGUCCGUUGAAAUCUUUGCCGCCCAAUUGUAAUCCGAAGAAUCUUGUUCUACUCAACAUGAGGAACAGCCAUAUCACAGUAUUCGGAGAGGGAUUUAAGAACCUGACGAAGCUGACUUCUAUAAAUUUAUUUGGCUGUCAAUACUUAACAAGAAUCUCCGACUUCUCCGGAGUUCCAAACUUAGUGAGGUUGGAUCUAGGAUUUUGCAAAAAUUUAACUGAGGUUGAUCCAUCAGUUGGAUUUCUUAAUAAACUUGAAGAACUAAGUCUUCAGAACUGCUAUAACCUUACAGUGUUUCCAACAACAAUAAGCUUGAAAUCUCUGAGAACUUUUGAUCUUUGCGGUUGCAAAAAGUUUGAGAUAUUCCCGGAAAUUGUGGGCAAAAUGGAAAGCCUAAAUCGUUUGGAACUUUAUGGUACUGCUAUAAAAGAAUUGCCUCCAUCAAUUGAAAAUCUCACCGGGCUUGAAACCUUAGUGUUAUUAAAAUGUGAAAACAUUGCAAAUCUGCCGCAAAGCAUUUAUGCGCUGCCCCGUCUUGGAUAUCUUAAUCUCAGUGGCUGCCCAAAGCUUGUUACACUCCCUCCGGAGCUUCCAAUUAACUCAAACAUUUCACGUGACAACUUUGGGUCAGUAGCAUUUCCCAAUCUAUGGACUAUACGUUUUGAUGAAUGCAAUUUAUCGGACUUUGAUACCCUUGCAAAUUUCUGUUGCUCAUCUAAAUUAGAAAGAAUUAGUCUACGUAAUAGCAAUUUUGAUAGUCUUCCUGCAAGCAUUAACAAAUUUGUGUGGUUGGUGGAACUUGAUUUGUGUGGUAGCAAGAGACUUAGAGAAAUUUUAGGACUUCCACCAAAUAUAAGACGGAUUAACGUUGGUGAUUGCAUAUUGCUGGAAAUAUUUCCAACAUUGUCAGAGAUGAUACUGGUAGACGGAGACAUGAGACUCAUUCGUAUUAUGAACAUAUCUAAUUGCCCAAGGCUAUGCGAAAAUUUGGCUUUGGACGUCUCCAAGAUGGCAAGCGUAUUACUGCAUCAGGCGGGGAAAUGCUGGGAAGUGCUAAACAUUAUACUUUCAGGCAGUGAAGUUCCAAAUUGGUUCAGUUGCCGCAAGGACGUACGUGUGGUUACAACUGAUCCUGGUUGUAUAUGUGAAAUUUUUAUUGAAAUCCCUCGGACUUUCAAAUGGAAAAACACAGGACUUGUUUUCUGUGCUGCUUUCAAAAUCACGCAAAAUUUUUCUGGACAAUGCUUUUUUCAUACAAGGACUGCAGUCAAUGGAGUACCUAUAAAUGACCCGGCUCACAUAAAGUCAGAUGCAGCUCAUGUGUGGCUAAAAUAUAUUCCAUUACCGGCUCACAUAAAGUCGAAGGUGGAUGAGGGUGGUGAUCAAUCAAAGCCGUAUCUGUGUCGAGUUAGUGUUUACCGCUUAUUUGGAAUAGGGUCGCUCUUAAAUGGCUGCGGUGUCCACUUGGGAAAUUUCAGUAUGCCCGAGGAUGGUGGUGAAGAUGAUGACGAUGUAGAAGACGAAGAUGACGACGAUGUAGGAGGUGAUGACGAUGAUGGUGAAGAUGUUGACGAUGUUGCAACAUUUUCAAAUCUCUAAUCAUGUUUUUAUGAUGGUCAUUCUUGUUUUGAAAGUUUUUCUUCUGCUAACUCAACAAGUGUGGGGUUUUAUACAAAGUGCAAAUAGUGAAACCAUGAAAUAUAAACUGUAUUCAUUUUGGUCAGGUUUCUGACGUGGGACUUCACAUUCUUCAACGCUUCCAAGAAGGCCAUUGAUAUACGAUUCCUCUCUUCUCUC